AUGACAGUAAUCUGGGGCCUGGAUCUCCACGAGAUCCGAUUCAGCAAGUUCAAGUCCGCGAACAUGUUCAAUAAAGCGUACCAUCUCCGUCGGACAAAAAUGAUCGUCUACCAGCUCGCAAUGAUCCUCUGCGUCUGCUCGGAGUCAGUUGGGACAGCUGCGUUUUCAGACUACCUCGACCAACAAAGCUACAUCCAAGGCCAACACCCCGGCGUGAAAAUCCACAACAACAGCUUCAUCGGCGCGUUCAGCUAUAACAUCUUCGUUGGCAUCGCAGUGGCAUUCAUUUUCGGGGCUGCGUUCUUCUUCGACCUCUUCUGGCCGGAACGGCACGAGUGCAAGCAUGUGCGGAUCAGCUGGAAGAUUUCGGCGGUUGUGGUGACGAUCAUGAUGCUUAGUUCUGCGUUGACAAUUACGUGCAUCGGCGCUCUACAUAAUGCCGUCGUGACGGGGACGGAUCCCGAGACGGCGCAGACGUACCGGUUGGAGUUUACGAAGAAGCCUUCUUACACAUACCACGAUAACCCCAAGGUCAUCGCCGCCGUUGUCCUCGCCUGGCCCGGGUGGGUCUUCUGCGUUGUUAGCACAAUAAUCCUCUGGAAAUCCCAAAACCACGACGACCAGUACGGGCCCAAGUCGAAGUACGGCGGGGGUCUCGAGGACGGCAGCAUCGCCGAUAAAGAAGCCAAUGCCAACGCCGACGGGCGCCGGAGUCCUGAGUCGACCAUGGCGUAG